AAAAAGGUAAAGAGAGAAAACAUUUCACCAAAACAAUUCUUCUGUUUCUUCUCACUUCCUCUUGUGUUUCUUUCCUUCUUUUUUUUUUUUCUUCUUCCACGAAAAUCAAGAAAAAAAAGAAGUCACGAUGGGAGAUAAUAGCGCAGAAGAUCACGACGACCUAGCUUUGGUGGAAGCUGAAGGAGUCACGAGCUUCUCCGAACUUCUUAUGUUCUCGGAUGGCGUUCUCAGCUCUUCCGACCACCAACGCGAGAGUAGUAGUGGCGGCGAUGGUGGAGAAGACAGCUUAGGUUUUGUAUUCUCAGGCAAAACUGGUUCAAGAAUGCUCUGUUUUAGCGGAGGCUAUCAAAACGACGACGCCUCACUUUUCUUGGAACCUUCUUCUCUUCCCUCCUCCGGAGUCCCUGUUCUUGACCCUUCAUGCAUUAAGAUCGAUGAUUGCAAGAACUUUAAAGACGCUUGCACUGUUGAUAAAUCUACUAAACCAUCAAACAAGAAGAGAACCGGAACGGGUAAUGAGCAUGAACCGGAUCAGAAUCGCCAACCGGGUAAGAAAUGCAAGCGAAAUCAAGAUAAAUCAUCACUUGGAACUGUAAAGGUCAGGAAAGAAAGGUUAGGGGAAAGAAUCGCAGCGUUGCAGCAGUUGGUUUCUCCAUACGGCAAGACAGAUGCAGCUUCUGUGUUGCAUGAAGCGAUGGGUUACAUCAAAUUCUUACAAGAUCAGAUUCAAGUCCUUUGCUCUCCUUAUCUUAUCAACCACACUCUUGCAGACGGUGGAGUUGUCACCGGAGAUGUUAUGGCGGCGAUGAAAGCGAAAGACUUGAGAAGCAGAGGAUUGUGCCUAGUACCUGUCUCAUCCACCGUACACGUGGAAAAUUCCAACGGCGCUGAUUUCUGGUCACCUGCUACGAUGGGUCACACUACUACUACGUCACCGUCGACACUGCAUCAUCAAGGAUUUUAAAGACUACUGUCAUAGGCUGAUUAUUAUAUAUAUAUAUUAGUAGCCUUUUAUGUUUGUUUUUUUUGGCUGAAGAAGUAACUUAUUUAGUAAAAAGUGCUUUACGAAGUUUUCACCCAUUCUUGUUUUUUUUUUUGGGGUUAUAUGGGUGGGGCAUAAAAAGGUUGAAAAAUCUUUUGUGUUUGUAGAAUGAGAAAUGAGAUUUAGAUUGGUCCAAGUUUGUCUCAAUUUUUCGUC